AUGGUUAUGAUGAUUUUCGUCAAGAACUCGGCGCCUGUGCUCAAGACCGUUGGUCAACAAGCUCGCGGUAUGGCCACUGAAAAGCAGAUUUUGCAGCGUAUUACCGCAACGUCUAACAUCGCCAAAAUUACUAAGUCCAUGAAGAUGGUAUCGGCCGCGAAGAUGCGUGGCGCAGAAAACCGCAUGAAUGCAGGGCGCCCUUUCACUGCGUGGAUAGAUAAUGUCAAGGGUGCUCAAAACCGCACCAUUGAGACGGACGGUGUAGCUCCAAUCAAAGAGCUCGAAGGCGACAACCUAUUCGUCGUCGUUUCGUCAGACCGUGGUCUUUGCGGUGGUAUCAAUUCCGGUAUUGCCAAGACCACUCGCAAGCAGAUCGCUGGCGUUGAAGAUCACACACAGAUUUUCGUAAUUGGUGACAAGGCUCGCGCUCAGUUGCGCCGCGAUCUUGCCAGUAACAUUCGUGGCAAUGUCACAGAAACAUACCAAUCACCUCCCAACUUCACGGUUGCCAGUGCGAUUGCUGAAGCCAUCAUGGCUUCAUCUUCAUCGGAAUCGGAGAAAGUGCACGUUAUCUACAACAAGUUUAAGUCGGCGAUUUCAUACUUGCCGUCCGUACGUUCGCUAGCGGUGCAGCCCGACUCGGACGCUUUCGACUUGUAUGAGCUAGAACCUGAUAACAAGGAUGAGCUACUUGCUGACUUGAAGGAAUUCGAGAUUGCAACAGCCGUUUUCCAAGGAAUGAUUGAGAACUCGACCAGUGAAGAGUCUUCUCGUAUGGCUGCUAUGGAAAACGCGACUACUAAUGCUGAGGACCUCAUUGGCUCGCUCACGCUCGUAUACAACAAGGCCCGUCAAGCUCGCAUUACUACUGAGUUAAUUGAAAUUAUCUCGGGUGCUGCGUCGUUGGACGGUUGA